CCAGUCCAGACUUAUUUCAGUUUCCGCAAAGUUGCCGUGGAGUAAGGAUUGGUGGCGUUUCUGGCGGUCAAUUCUCUCUCAUGCAAAAUAUUUAAGCUUCUAAAGUUUCAAUCUGUCGAGGACAGAAUUUAUUAUUGUCGAGGACAAGUAUUUAUUUUUAAAGAGAAAAAAAGUGUGUUUUCUUUUAGAUAAUCGACGAAAAAUUGGAAAAUCUUUUUUCCUUUUUUAUUCAACAAGUAAUAAGUGACUUAUCGUUGAUUCAUUACAUUCAUUACCUGUCGCUGUCGGAAAGGGAAUAGGUUAGGUGUGAGAGGAAGAGAAAAAAAAAACAAAAACCAAUCUCUUGGCAGCAUUGCCACAAAGGAAUAAAUAUUACCCAGACAAAAGUUGCACACGAGUAUUCUCUCAUGUUGUUGGGUUGACUGACUCAUAUUAUGAAAAGAUGGAUCUACCAACUAUAGUUUAUAACUCGGCGAGGGACGGUAGAAGAAGACGACUCGAGACGUUUUUGGGCCAUCAAUCAAAAGAUGUCGUAGGAAAAUUGGUGGGAGCAACAACACAUGGAGCCACUCCGUUAGUGAUGGCCUGCAGGAAUGGACACUACGAUGUGGUUGAAUAUCUCAUUGAAAAAUGUGGUGCCGAUGUUGAACAAACAGGAUCGGUGGUUUUCGAUGGAGACACCAUUGAAGGAGCUCCACCUUUGUGGUGUGCUGCAGCAGCCGGACAUCUCGCUGUGGUCGAGCUUUUAGUUAAAAGAGGUGCUAAAGUUAAUACCACUACAAAAACAAAUUCUACACCACUCAGAGCUGCAUGCUUUGAUGGAUAUUUCGAAAUUGUUAAAUUCCUAGUCAAACACGGUGCAGACAUCGAAGUAGCGAAUCGACAUGGCCAUACCUCUUUAAUGAUAGCAUGUUUCAGAGGACAUGUGAAAAUCACGAAAUUUCUACUUUCUUUGAAAGCAGAUGCCAACCGAAAGUCAGUUAAAGGUAACACGGCACUGCACGACUGCGCCGAAAGUGGUUCAUUGGAGAUCAUGAAGGUACUUAUUGAGCAUGGAGCGAGAAUGGAUGUUGAUUCCUUUGGAAUGACUCCACUUCUAACAGCUGCCAUUACAGGUCACACGCACAUCGUUGAAUAUCUCAUUUGGUUACCGCAUUUAGUUUGCAGAAAAGAAAAAAUAGACGCCCUUGAACUUUUAGGUGCCACUUAUGUCGAUAAGAAACGAGAUAUGAUUGGCGCUUUAGAAUUCUGGAAACGAGCCAUGGAUGAAAGAUACAGAGGAGACGGUCCUGUGAUACCGAAGCCAGCGGUUCUACCCGGUGUAGCAGCCUACGACUUUGCUCGGGAAAUCACUGAUCCAGAAGCAUUGGACGAUCUAUUCGCCGAUCCCGAUGAAAUGAGAAUGCAGGCACUUAUUAUCAGGGAGCGAAUUCUGGGACCAGCUCAUCCCGACACGAGUUAUUAUAUCCGAUUUCGCGGUGCUCUCUAUGCAGACGCGGGCAAAUUUAAUCGCUGCAUUGAACUUUGGAAUUACGCCCUCGACAUUCAGCAAAGUAUGCUCGAGCCCCUUAAUUCAAUGACGCAAGGUUCACUAUUCAGUUUCACGGAACUCUUCAGCUUUCUCAUUGGCGACGAGGGCAAACAAACGAGAAGAGGACAACGCGUGCCGCCCGUUCAACGCGAGGAACUAAUGCGAGUCUUUAAGAAAGCGGUGCUGGAAGUAAAAUUAGGCAAGCAAAUGUUGGACAAAAUGCCUCGCUGCGAACGAGACUUGACAAAUUUAAAUCGUGUCCUAGUGAUUGCACUUCAUUUGGCCUGUUUAUUGACACGAGAGACUCCAAAAUCUGACAGUGCUGAGCACAUGGAACUACAUCGUGUACUUUACGAACUAGUAAAAAUCAACGCUACAGGCAAAGAAGGUCGAGACGUUCUGCAAUUGGCGCACAGCAAAGACGCGGCACUAAUCGGUGGCUAUGCCGCCUGCGAAUUCCCAUCGCCACACUUGACGCGAGCAUUACUCAAAGUCGGCGCCGAUGUGAAGGCGAAGGAUUGCGACGGAAAUACGGCACUGCAUCUCGUGGCCCUGUCACAGCCAUGGAACAUUGAACUGGCGAAAACAUUGCUCGACGGCGGCGCUUACAUCAACGCCGUCAACAAUGAGAAUAAAACCUACGAAAUGCUACUCAAGGACAAGAGACUAUUCGCUGCCGUGAAUCCUCUGAAAUACACAACAUUGACCUGUCUUGCUGCCCGCGUCGUUUUGCAAACACAACCAAUCAACAAAGUACCGAGACAUCUGCAACAUUUUUUCGAAAUAUACUACACUAAAAAAAUGUGUAGACAGAUGCUGUCCUUGUUAAAUGAAAAAACCUAGUCUCAAAAUGAGUAGCGUCAUGAGACUAAGUUCUUUUUUUUUUUUUUUUGUUAUUGUGAAAACAGCGUCAAAUAAUUUAUUAUAUUAGUCAUCAAAAUUCAAUUUCGGAAGAAUCAAUUUUAACAAAAAUGUUAACAAAAUUUUCCCCGAAAACUAUUCAUCGCAAAGACUGGUCUCUUAUUUGCGUUCCGUACGGGAGAAAAAAGUUUUUCCUAGAGAAAAAAGAUCAUUAUCAUUUUAAUUUAUUCGCACCUAUUAAAUGUCUUUUCUCAUAAUUAUAUAUAUAUAUAUUAUAUUUAAAACAAAAAAAAAAAUGUCAUAGAAUUUUUUUUUUUUUAAUGUACUCAGUAUGAUGUAAAAUUAAAAGAAAAAAGUGGUACAUAAUAGUUAAUGAGAAUAAAUGCUCGCCUAUGCAUGAUUCUACACUUUACUGAUACUUAAUCAACGGUCUCGGAAGUUUAGCUCAAAUAUAAGGUCGUACUACCUCUACGAUUUACAAUCAAUUUAUUUUAUUCUAUGACUAAGCUAAAAGAAAUAUUCCUCUUGACUUGUAAUAAUUUCGUUUUUAUAAUUUCUAUCAUUAAAUAAUACACUUCAAUUAAAUAAUUUCAUUUUCCAAACAAUGUAAUUAUUGAAUUCAAUUUCACGAUUCAAAUAAUUUCUCUAUUCAAAUAAUUUAAUUAUUGAAAUUUCAUUAUUCAAAUAAUGCCAUCAGUGAAAAACUAAAAUUCAAUUCAGUGAUCAGUAUUUGCACUGCCGUGAUAUAAAGACAAAGAAAAACAUAACUGCGAAAUUAAUUAGUCAUUAAGAGGAGGAAAGCGUUCUUAAUAUUUGUGUAACUCUGAUACCUUGAUUUCAAAAUGUGAUAAAAAGAGACAUAUAGAUAGAUAUAUACAUAUAAACAUUAUUACUAUAUUAUUCUUAUUAUUAAUUGUAUAAAAAAAAAUACGCGCUGAUUUUUAAGUAAGGUGCAUUUUUCUUUACUUUUUUCUGUCAAGUUCGAAAGCACUUAAAAAUGAUUGAAAAAAAAAAUUGUAAUUUUUCUGUGAAACCUGUCUUUCUGUGAAAAAACAAAAUGUAAAUUAAAUAUUUUUAGCAAAUUAUUUUUCGACCUUUACAGAUAAAUGGAAGUACCUUGCUUUUUUGUCCAAUCAAACACUGUUUUGUAACGUAAUGAUGGUGAAAAUACAAGUGCGAUAAAAAUUA